GUCAAUUGAAAUACUUCUAAUCAGAACAUUUGCUGAAGAGGAGACAAGAAAACAGAAUGGACUCCAUCUCCAUGGGUUGCAGCAGGAGCCCCGUGUUCCUCACGGCAACUUCCUCCCACCACCUCCGUCCCAGUCAGACCUGCUUGCUGCACAACGGAGGGAGGAUCACCGCCGCAGAAUCAAGACCUUCCUGUCAGAUGCCCGCUCAGCCYACGCUGGCUAUCCUGGGCUCAGGUGACUUCUCCAAGUGCCUGACCGUUCGCCUGCUCCGCUGCGGCUUCAAGGUGGUGGUGGGCAGCCGCCAUCCCAAACUGGCAGYCAACUCAUUUCCUCACGUGGUGGAUGUCACGCACUACGAGGACGCUGUGGGGAAGGCUAAUAUUGUCUUCCUGGCGAUCCGCCGGGAGCACUACUCCGCUCUGUGGGAUCUGAAGCAUCUCAUGGAAGGGAAGAUUCUUGUUGAUGUGAGCAACAACCGCAGAGCUAACCAGUAUCCAGAGUCUAACGCCGAGUAUCUGGCUGCACUGCUGCCAAACUCUGUUGUGGUCAAAGGUUUCAAUGUGAUCUCAGCUUGGACCAUGCAGCAGAGUUGCCCCAAAGAUGCCAGCACACAGGUCUUUAUCUGCAGCGACUCAGUGGAGGCUAGACAUCUCGUCAUGGAAUUAGCCCGCCAGCUCAACUUUCAACCCGUGGACAUGGGCUCUCUGUCCUCUUCUCGUGACAUUGAAAACAUCCCGAUACGAUUAUUCCCUGGUUGGAAGGGCCCGGUCCUCGCCGCUGUGGCCCUUUCCAUCUUCUUUUUCGCUUAUGCUUUUGUACGAGAUAUAAUCCACCCAUACGUGAAACACAAGCAGAAUGACUUCUACAAGAUCCCCAUUGAGCUGGUGAAUCGGACUCUGCCCAGUGUUGCCAUCACUCUCCUGGCCCUGGUGUACCUGCCAGGCCAGCUGGCGGCCGCCCACCAGCUCUACUAUGGUACCAAGUACAAGCAUUUCCCCCAGUGGCUGGAGGAGUGGCUUCAGAGCAGGAAACAGUUGGGUCUGAUCAGCUUUUUCUUGAAUGCUGUCCACGUUCUCUAYAGCCUAUGUCUGCCCCUUCGAAGGUCUGAGAGGUACCUGCUGCUCAACACCGCCUCUCAACAGGCCCAUGCUAAUGUGGAAAGCUCGUGGAACGAAGAGGAAGUGUGGAGGGUGGAGAUGUACGUUUCCUUUGGGAUCAUGAGUUUUGGGCUCAUGUCUCUCCUGGCCGUUACCUCCAUUCCUUCAAUCAGCAGCACUCUCAACUGGAGGGAAUUCAGCUUCAUCCAGUCUACUCUGGGCUACAUUGCCCUCCUGAUAGCCACCCUCCAUGGUUUGCUGUUUGGCUGGAAACGGGCCUUUGAGGAGGAGGCCUACCGCUUCUACCUGCCCCCCAGCUUUGUGGUCUCCCUGGCUCUGCCGGUGUGCGUCAUACUGGGGAAGGUAGUAAUGUUGCUCCCCUGCGUGGCCUACAAGCUCCACCAGAUCCGAAAAGGACUGGACAGUAAUCUGUAUAAGUGCCAACGCCUGGAGCCGGUGGGAUCAGCUGCCAACGUUUCACCGGAGAGAGUCACCAUCAUGUGAUCAGUUCGCUCUGACAGCCGGAUUAGGAUCACAUUCUGCUUGGCUAGUUUGAUGUGAAACAACACAAUGUCAUUGUAGUUUUAAUGACCUGUUUGACUUUGCUAAGUGUGAGACGUUUUGCUGACACGUGUCCUGUGUUCGUGUGUACUUAUUGCUGUGAAGGUAGAACCUCUCUUACCUGGGCUGUGACUGUUGGUGAACGGCGUUUACGAACGUUCCAGGUGGUUCUCAGUUUUCUUGAGUGAGUCAAAGAGGAGCAUUGUACUGUAGUCAAAAUUUCACACUCAUCUCUUGAACCCACCUAGAUGAUGUGGGUUCUCCGGCCCGUCUCAAGAACACUAGAUCUGUGUUUUUACACCUGCAGAGAGAACUCCUCUGACUGAACCCAUGUGCACAUCUGAUGACAACUGGAACAGUGGUCCAAAUCUGCCUUUUAUCAGUGUGCUCCAAAAGACUAGAGUAGCUGCCAAGGUGGGUACAAAGCAGGUUGAUGUUUAAAAAAACGAAUGUGCACAGAAUGAAGAUUUGCAAGUCGGUCACACACACACACACAAAGGGCCAAAGCAAGCUUGCUGGUCACAAACACUCAGAAUCCAGUCAAGCAAUACAAAUUUACAUAUUUCCACACAUUUGUGUCACUGUAACAGCCACAGCCCAGUGAGACACCACCUUUAGUAAACGGUCUGUGAAAACAAACUUACAGCUGUUAAAACUCAGUGUUGUCUCCUGCCAGUCAAUUACAAUGAUUUGUUCUGUGUUU